GUGAACCGGAGAGGAGGGUUUAUUUCCCUCCGGCUGACAUUUGCGUCUCUGUGCUAUGGAAGGAGAGGCAGCGGCGCUGUGUGCGGUGGGAGCACUUCUUCUCUGCAGCUCCAGCGUCUUAUUUGCGCCACAGGAAGGACAGGAAGGCGGGAGAGCCGGACAGGCAGCAGCGCUCCUGCUCUGCGGCUCCGGAGGAGGUCGUUAGAUAAUGCGCUCGAUCUUUUAGGAAGAGGGGUUUUUAGCAGCUCGUUCGCGGUCGAAGAUGGACUGAGACGCGCUGGUGGAGCAGAAGCAGCCAGCCAGCAGGUCAGCAGCGGCGGCGGCGGCGGCGGCGGUGUGGUGGGGUGGGGGGGUCCAGUGCGUGUGUGGCUAAAUGCUCGGAGAUACGAUGACCCUGCUGUCUCUCCUGGGCCGGAUCAUGCGUUAUUUCUUGCUAAGACCAGAGACCUUGUUCCUGCUGUGCAUCAGCCUGGCUCUGUGGAGCUACUUCUUCCACACGGACGAGGUGAAGACCAUCGUCAAGUCGAGCCGGGACGCCGUGAAGAUGGUGAAGGGGAAGGUGGCCGAGAUCAUGCAGAACGACAAAUUCGGGGGGCUCGACGUGCUGGACGCGGAGUUCUCCAAAACCUGGGAGCUCAAGAGCAACAACGUGGCCGUGUACGCCAUCCAGGGCCGGAGGGAGCACAUGGAGGACCGCUUCGAGGUGCUCACCGACCUGCUCAACAAGAGCCACCCGUCCAUAUUCGGGAUCUUCGACGGCCACGGAGGGGAGGCGGCUGCCGAAUACGUGAAGACCCACCUGCCUGAAGUCCUAAAGCAGCAGCUGCAGGUGUAUGAAAAAGAGAAAGAGAACAGUCUUCUGUCUUAUCAGUCCAUUCUAGAGCAGCAGAUCCUCAACGUAGACAAGCAGAUGCUGGACAAGCUCUCCGCCUCUUAUGAUGAAGCAGGAACAACAUGCCUGGUGGCGCUCUUGUCCGAUAAGGAGCUGACCGUAGCCAAUGUCGGUGAUUCCAGGGGAGUUCUGUGUGAUAAAGAUGGUAAUGCCAUCCCCCUGUCACAUGACCACAAGCCCUACCAGCUCAAAGAGCGCAAGAGGAUCAAGAGAGCGGGUGGCUUUAUCAGCUUCAAUGGCUCGUGGCGUGUGCAGGGCAUCCUGGCCAUGUCCCGCUCGCUCGGCGACUACCCGCUGAAGAACCUGAAUGUGCUCAUCCCGGACCCGGACGUGCUGACCUUCGACCUGGACAAGCUGCAGCCGGAGUUCAUGAUCCUGGCGUCAGACGGCCUGUGGGACGCCUUCAGCAACGAGGAGGCCGUGCGCUUCAUCAAAGAGCGCCUUGACGAGCCCCAUUUCGGCGCCAAGAGCAUCGUCCUGCAGUCCUUCUACCGCGGCUGCCCGGACAACAUCACCGUCAUGGUGGUCAAGUUCAAAAAACGCAGCGCCAAAGCCGCCGAGCAGUGAGGCUCGACCACCCCGGCCCAACACAAGAGCGAAUAUAUUAUCGGUCAAUAUUAAUGUAUGCAUAGAUUUAAGAUGUAAAAGGAAAUCUGUUUCAUGACUAUUUUUGGAGCAAGAACUGUUUCUUAUCGAAAUAAUGGCAAACAAUAUAUAUCCAUUUCACCCCUCAUUACAUCAUCUUAGAUCCUUUAUUCCAUGGUUGAGGAGGAAGUAGGACUCUUUUGGAUCAGUGUAACGGUGACUAAUGGGGUAGCCGAUGCAGCAAGGCCACUUUAAUGGCUUCUGUGUUGUGCAGUCUCGUGCGCUCUGGAGGAAUAUAUCUAGCUGAUGUGUCGUGCUGCCAUUAAGGGACAAGAUAAGCAACACAUACAGUAGAAUGCAUCGUCACUUCUGUAGUGCUGACUAGAUUAGUGUCACUGCUAUUACAAGGAAAUCCCUUUUUUUGGAUGAGAUUGAGCUUUGAAAAUUGGAAAUUUUGACCAUUUUUCUUUCUUUUUUUCUGAAAGUGGUCAUUUUUGGCUAUAUUUCAAUCUUUUGGCCUACAGCGUAGGUUAAAAUGAAAUUAAAUCAAAUUUUCCCUAUUAUUUUUCUUAUUUCUUUUUAAUUAUUUUAUUUUUAAUUUUUUUAAUUAUUUAGUUUUGUUCUUUUUCCUUGUGGGUGGGUGCCUCCUUCCCUCUAAAAUUAGGCUAGGAUUUUGUUUUGUUGCAUGUUAUUUUGUUUAUUCGUUCAUUUUUAACUCUAAAUACACAGACAAUGUUGGCCAAUAUACUGCAAAUAAAAGUUCUUCUUGAAACAUUGUUGUAAUUUGACCUGCCAGUGAUCUUGAUGCCACUGUUGCGAGACAGAUGUUGAGACCUGGUCAACAUAUUUCAGCUGUAUUUCAGUAUUUACCUAAUAUAAACAGCUGUUACUGUCACGCACAACAGGUGCAUCUACAUUUACUCUUAUGGACAUUGCUUGGUUCAGGGUUUUUAGUGGCUUUGUCCAUUCUUUCAUAUAGAUAUAGUACAAUGUAAACAGUACACAGUCAGAUUAGAGUGCUAGAUUGUACAGGUAGAUUGUUUAAUUAAAGGUGUGCCUAUGCACAGUGUAUUCUAGACGGAUGGUGUGCACUGGUUUGCACUGCUUUAAUAAGUACAGAUUGAAAGAGCUUACACUGAGCAAAUGAUAUAUUAAAUGCACAAAAUGAUUGGGUGUGUAUAUAUCCAGUAAGACGACUAGUGAUUGGAUGAGGGUUCGUUGGUGUUCCAGUCAUUGAUAUAUUUUUUGUGUUUUACUGAAAGUGCAUGUGCUAGUUAUUUUGAGGAGGAAUUUCACCAAAAUGUUCAGAAUUUCUGCAAAAUUCUAUGGUUGCCGUGUAAAGUUGUUGAGAGUGGUUUAAUAUGAAGUGGUGCAUCGCUUUACACAGUGGUGGUGAGAGGAAUGAGGGGUCACCAUGACUACAAGACAAAUAUAGCCAUUUUAUUUACUAUCCAAAACCACCGGUGAGCCUACAUGCGUCCUCAGAGUUUAUAUAUGGAAUGUUAAGUAGUGACACAUCUGAAAAAGCUACGUUUGAUUUGUGGACCAUUUUGCCUUCCAACACCCUGCACAUACCCCUCCACCAUGAACGGACUCCAAAAACUUGGUUUAAGGGAAAACCUCAUAGCAAAACAAGUCUAUUUCAUAUAACAACUUUCUGCGAGGGAGAUUUUACAGGUGGACGUCUGGUUCCUAUAAGCACCACUCUGACCAAUUCUGACUCUUAAGUUUCUCUAGAACAGAGCAUUUCACACCAAACCACUCUGAAUGACUCAGUUUACAUCUUAACCAUUAAAUGCAUUCAGCAAUUUUGGAAAAUGAGUGGAAUUCCUCUGUAACAUGUACUUUGGUAAAGGUUUGUUCUUUUCCUCAUUCUGUGCAUUUGCUUCCAGUAACAUAUUGAGGGAGGACUAGAACAUGAAUCAGUUCAGAAGAUAAGAUUGUUUUCACUGCAAAUAGAUCCGGCCCUAGUGGCAGCGUGGCCUUUACGUGCGACAUUAACUCAAAUCAGUGCGAAUGCACAAUGGAUUGUUUGAAUUUGUGCAACCGAAUUGAUCUGAUAUCUAAAACCAAUUACAAGGAGCCUUUGAAGAAAAUGUGUUGCCUUAUUUUUAUUAAAGAUGCUCGACUGUCAUCAGUUUAUUUGCCAAAACAUUAUUGUCCCAUUAAUGUACUGAGGCUGCCAUGCACAUCAAAUGUAAAUAUGGUAUUUUGCAUAUUGAUGUCUCUUCGAGACUAAUGAAGUGAAUGUACAUAUUGAAUAUCAUUAACCCCAAUACCAAUAAAAUACAAAAAAAAAAGUAAUGCAUCAAAUUCUGGUUAUUAAUAACAGAAGAGAUUAAUAGCUGAUAGUCUUUUUAAGUGUGAUUUUUUUUUAUGUAUAUUCCUCCAGAAUACGGUAUGUGUUAUAGAAUGUUUAUGUGGAGUUUGUGUUUGUUUCAUUGAAAUAAAGAAACUGUAAAAAAGAGCAAAAGAUGUGAAUUUAAGAAAAUUGAGCAAAUAAAAAAAAUGCAAGGAUACAAA